CUUCCAGUGCGUGAAAGGGAGCGAGGCGACAGCCUGCUGUUCUGGAAGGCGGCAAUUGGGCGAGACGGAGAGCGACGUAAUAGCCGCGCGUUCACGGGUUCGGACGGUUGCCACGGCGUCUGCGCAUCUGGAGCUAGUUGCCGCUGCGGCAGCCUGGAAUUGGGGGGGUUGUGUCUACCCCUCGGCUGUCAGGCGGGAAACCGAAGUGUGGUUGGUGCCCCAGGGAGCCAGGUUGCUGGGGGAAGCUCAUGUGGCACUCAGCCGUGGCACUCAGCCGCUCCAUUUUGUCGACAAGAAAAAGAGGGGAGAAGCUGGCAGAAAGCAAAGGCUUUUGCUGCUGGGUCUCCCUGUGCCUCCCUAGGGCCUGCCCCUAUCUAGGAUGGAUCCCCUAGGCAUGCUGCUUGGGCUGCUGGUGGUCUCCUGCUUCACCUGCCUCAGUCAUCAGAACCCAGAGUUUGCGCUGACCAACCCAGCGAAGAGCAGCACCAAAGACACAGAGAGAAAGGAAACGGCAGCAGAGGAGGAGCUGGACUCUGAGAUUCUGGAGGUGUUUCACCCGACCCAUGAGUGGCAGGCCCUCCAGCCAGGUCAGGCUGUCCCUGCAGGAUCCCAUGUGCGGCUGAAUCUCCAGACGGGGGCAAGAGAAGUGAAACUCCAAGAUGAGGAUGAGUUCCGAAAUACUCUGAAAGGGUCAAAAAAAGGCAAAAGGCUGGACAUCAACACCAAUACCUACACAUCUCAGGACCUCAAGAGCGCACUGGCAAAAUUCAAGGAAGGGGCAGAGAUGGAGAGUUCAAAGGAAGACAAGGCAAGGCAGGCCGAAGUUAAACGGCUCUUCCGCCCCAUUGAGGAGCUGAAGAAGGACUUCGAGGAACUGAAUGUUGUCAUUGAGACUGACAUGCAGAUCAUGGUGCGGCUAAUCAACAAGUUCAAUAGUUCCAGCUCCAGCCUGGAAGAGAAGAUUGCUGCACUCUUCGAUCUUGAAUAUUAUGUCCAUCAGAUGGAUAACGCACAGGACCUGCUUUCCUUCGGUGGCCUUCAAGUGGUGAUCAAUGGGCUGAACAGCACAGAACCCCUGGUAAAGGAGUACGCUGCAUUCGUGCUGGGGGCUGCCUUUUCCAGCAACCCAAAGGUCCAGGUGGAGGCCAUCGAAGGGGGAGCCCUGCAGAAGCUGCUAGUGAUUCUGGCCACGGACCAGCCUCUCACUGCAAAGAAGAAGGUCCUGUUCGCACUGUGCUCCCUGCUGCGCCACUUCCCCUAUGCCCAGCAGCAGUUCCUGAAGCUGGGGGGGCUGCACGUCCUGAGGAGCCUGGUGCAGGAGAAGGGCACGGAGGUGCUGGCUGUCCGCGUGGUCACCCUGCUCUACGACCUGGUCACUGAGAAGAUGUUUGCUGAGGAGGAGGCCGAGCUGACCCAGCAGACGUCCCCAGAGAAGCUGCAGCAGUACAGCCAGGUGCACCUCCUGCCAGGCCUGCGAGAACAGGGCUGGUGCGAGAUCACUGCCCACCUCCUGGAGCUGCCUGAGCAUGACGCCCGCGAAAAGGUGCUGCAGACACUGGGGGCCCUCCUGGCCACCUGCCGGGACCACUACCAUAAGGACCCCCAGCUCAGCAAGAUGCUGGCCAGCCUACAGGCCGAAUACCAGGCGCUGGCCGCCCUGGAGCUUCAAGAUGGUGAGGAUGAUGGCUACUUCCAGGAACUGCUGGGCUCUGUCAACAGCUUGCUGAAGGAGCUGAGAUGAGGCUGCUCCCAACAUCAGGACUGGACUGGAACGCUAGUAAGGCCGAGAGGCACCAGCUUGGGUGGGUUCUGCAGGGGACAGCAGGCAGGAGGGAGACUUCCUACGGGGCCUUGGCAUCAUCAGGGCAGUGCUGGCUUGGCCAUUAAAUGGAGGCACAAAGGCCA